GGGAAGGGAAGCCGAGAUUGGAGGGAGAAGAGAGGUGGACUAAUGCGCUUUUAAUGUCUGAAUAGCACUGAAAAAGUCCGUGCCACGUUCCUUUUUUUUGCAACGGAGCAUUUCCUCUGUUUUCAGGUGUCCGGCCGGCGUCGCUGUUCUGCUGGUGCCCGGCGCGUGGGCGUCCUCCCAGACACGCCGUGGCAUGCGUUGGCACCUGGCUUAGCUGCCAUCAGCCUUCCCGUGCCGCAGCCGUCGCCACGUGUGAGUUUCCGUGACCUGCGUCCCAGCGCAGGGCGUGAAUAUGUGUCCCCCUGCUGCCGUCUGAUUGGCUGGCCUGGCUCCAAUGGAAGGAGGAGGAAGCGCGGGGGCCCUCGUCCACCAGUAGGGGGCAGCGUGGUGCCUGACCCCCCACGCCCCUCCUAAGUGCGGUGCGACCCACACACACGAACUGAUCUGAAGCACCAAACCUGUUCCACACGACUCCGUUACUCACAACUGACCUGGGACCUGUGGAUAUCCAGGAAUGCGUUUGUCUGCUCGUACCUAAGUGUCUCCCCCGGCGAGCGGACAAUGUUCGUGCAGUGACCAGGCGUGCUCUCUAGCGCCCCCCUCAGGGAGAGAGCUGGAUCCAGGCGGACGUAAAUCCCGAGCGAUGGCUGACGUUAGCGGACAGUAGCGGCACACCGGGACACUCGUCUGGACGUGGGACAUGGAAGGGGACACUGCAGUCACAACCCACCAAGAGGGCUCAAAUGGUUUUUCCCAGGAGUGCAGGCGGAGAGAGGAGGCACCCAACGGGCGCUCCAAAUACGCCCCUGUCCCGAAUGGCUUCCCUCCAGGCGACGGUGGCGGUCCCCACGGCGGCAGUUCCUGCGCCCCGAUUUCAGCCCUGAAGCAGAAUGGGCUUCUCCAGACGCUGACGGAGGGACAAGCUCAGAUGACAGCAGACGAUGUGAACUCUGAGCUGGAGCGCGCACAGCAGGAAUGGGACGCACUGGAGAGCAUCCAGCCAGUUCCUGUUGAAGAUCUCACACCCUCCCCUCUGAUCUCCUUCAACGAGGCCCUGCAGCACUUUCAGACCACAGACCUCGGGGACAUGCUGAGGACCAUCCAGCCCACGGUCCGACGUACCGGAUUGGCUGCCCUCACUCACUUCCUGUUUGGUCCGCCACGUCUGCACAGAGAACUGAUACAGGAGCGUGACCUCGUGUUCGCCAUCGCCCAGUGUUCUCUGGAUAACAGCCAGCCUGUGCACAUGCGUGUGCUGCAGACCGUGUACCGCAAGCUCACGUGUACACGCGUGGACUGCCCGCGCUACGGGCCACACUGGGAGAACGUCGGCUUUCAGGGUACAGAUCCUGCCACAGAUUUGAGGGGGACAGGUUUACUGGGACUGAUGCAUGCACUGUACUUGCUAAUGGACCCAGAGACACUCCCACUGGCCAGAGACAUCUACAGACUGUCCCAGCAUCCUGUGCAGAACUUUCCGUUCAGUGUGAUGUCCAUCAAUGUGAGUCGCAUCGCUCUGCACGCGCUCAGGGAGGAGGUGUUGUCCAGGGAGUGUAACCGCCGGCAGCAGGUGGUGGGUGUGCUGAAUGAGUUCUACGCUGCCGCGUUCCGGCACCUCUACCAGGUCUGGAGGCGCGAGAAGAAGACCAUCUCUGACUCGGGCUACGUGCUGAAAGAAGUGGAGCUCUACGCCAAAAAGUACCCCAAGCAGCUUCUGCGGGGGCUGGACAGCUACCUGCAGGAGAGACGCGCCGUGAUUGGCCACAGAACGUCACCUGACACGCUGUCGCAUAGUAACCGGUCUCCCGGUGACAGAGAGUCCCGUGCAAGCAGCCAAACCGGAAGGGAGGGGAAGGAGAUGAACUUCACGGGCGUGUGUGACCUCCCGCCGGAAAUGGAGGGAGAGGCCCGACUGAUCUGAGAGUGUGUGUGUGUGUGUGUGUGUGUGUGUGUGUGUGUGAGUGUGAGAG